AUGUAUCAGGCGUCUAGGAAGGAGCGGUUGCACCUUCAAGCGGGUUCCACGGCGGAGAUGACAGGAGAGAUCCCCUCGAAGCAUCUGUCGGCGAAGGUGCAGGCGCGGAAGGUGCGCACUCAGAUCUCGGAGUUGAAGGAUGGGGCGGUGUCGAUCGCUGGCUCUAAAGAAAUCCUGAAGGCGGCGUCGGGUUACUUCAGGAAUAUCUUCGGAGCUGAUCGGCGGGUCGAAGGUGCAGAUUGGAGUUUCAACCCUGCUCGCCGGCUGGACGAAAGGGUGGCUGAAACACUGACAGCAGAUUGGACAGAGCAGGAGGUGAAGAAAGCAUUUGCGGCAAUGGCGAGAAAUAAAUCACCUGGGAGUGAUGGUCUGCCGAAGGAGCUAUUUGAGGCUCACUGGGACCUGCUGGGGGAAAGUUUCAUGGUAAUGGCGAAGAGCUUCGAGAGCAGCGCCUCUCUGCCAGCUGAAGUGAAGGAAGCGGUAAAGAUUUUGCUGCACAAGAAGGGGGACAAGGAGCAGCUUAAUAAUUACCGCCCAAUCACUCUGCUGAAUUUCACCUACAAAGUACUGGCGCGGGUGGUUGCAAAUCGUAUGAAGUCAGUGUUGCACAUGGUUAUUUCACCGGAGCAGUAUGGCUUCAUCCCUGGUCGUCGUCUGUCGGAUGCGGUCGCGCUGGUGGCAGAUAUCAUCGAAGGCGCGAAAAACGGGAAGGAAGACUGGUACCUGCUUCUGGUUGACUUCCAGAAAGCGUUUGACUCAGUCUCGAGGGAGUUUCUCUUCAACGUGUUGGAGAAGAUGGGUUUCCCAGAGCGGCUUGUCGGCUGGGUUAAGGGCCUGCAUGAGGGAACGACGACAAAGCUUCUCAUAAAUGGCUGGCUCGGGGACAGCGUGAACGUGGUUUCUGGAGUCCGGCAGGGUUGCCCCUUGGCGCCAUACCUGUUUCUGUGCGCAGUGGAGCCGUUGGCUCAGGAAGUGGAGAGACGGGGGCUCGGUCUCGAGAAGGAAGGGCACCGGCUCGGGUAUCUCGGACACGCGGACGAUACGACUCUCGUCCUGCAAGGAAGGGAGCAGAUCGGUCAGGCUGAGGAUUUACUAGAUCGUUUUGAGAAGGCGUCGGGAUUGGCGACGAACAAGUCAAAGUCGGUGGUCUUACCUUUGGGGAAUAACAUUGGAGCGAUGGAUGGCGGUGCUAGCGGCUUCAAAUGGGCCGGUGCGGAUGAAGCAGAACGGUUACUGGGGGUGUGGGUGACGCCGUCCGGCAACGGUCUGCCAACCUGGGAGAAGACGUGGAGCCGGGUAUCGGAGAAGCUCACAAAGUGGCAGCUAAAAUACCUGACGAUCACAGCAAGGGCAACGGUGGUUAAUUACUAUAUCACACCAAUACUGGCGUUUCAAGCGCAAAUCUAUCCGCCACCGGCAGCUAUCUGGCUGAUCAUGCGCCUUCAGCAUAGCUUCACAUCAGGAAACAGGGUCGCAACGGCAAAAAGUUUUAUCCUCUGGAGUAGGGAGCUGCUUUACACCCCGAGGUUGGAUGGCGGGAUCGGGGUCAUAGACCCGGAAAUCCUCAUCACAUGCUUGGCGGCAAGGAGAGUCGGCCUGUUAAUCACGGAACAAAACCCGCUCAAAAGGGACUUGAUGGAGCGCGCGGCGCAGCUUCCGAUGGGAGCGGACUCCUUCGCCGCGCACGAAAAACUGCUCAAGCACUGGGGCAGCGGUAGCUAG